AUGACUUUAGAACCUCAUAUUGCUAGGAUUAAUGAAGGAGACCAUACUGAAAAGAAAUUAGAAGAAUUUAGCAAGGUCUACCUUAGAAAAAAUCAACCUAUGGGUGAUACAGGUUCUGAUUUAGAUGAAAGAAUUGGUAUGAUUAAUGAGAGAGUUGACACUAAAAAUAAGAAAAUGGAAAUUAGGGAUAAGGAGAAUGAGGUUAUUUGUGCCAAGAUAGCGGAAUUAAACGAGAAAUGGCAAAGGUUUAUGGAAAAUUCAAGGAGGAUGAGUGAAGAAAUUCAAAUUGAAUUAGAUGAAUUAUAUGAUGAGGAUCUUGGAGAUUUACCCCAAGAAGUUACAAAUGAGUGCGAGGAGGAAGAAGAAAACAAUGAUAUCUCCCAAUAUGAUGAAGAGGAGGCCCCUGUUCAAGUACAAGAAGGAGCAUCUAGUCCUAAGGAUGUCCCAAACGAAGCCACGAAGGAAUCAUCUUCCUCUUCUUCAAAAGAUAUGACCCAUUCUUUCUCGAGUUUGAAUGUUUUUGACCCCAACUUUGUUGCUGUUGCAGAGAACUCAGAGGAAGAGGCGUGCUUGACUAAGCAACGAAAAAGAAAACUCCGACCCAAAUUACGCCUGGCCCAAUUUCCAAGCCGCGCACCGGAGCCUUCGUAG